CAAACACAACACGCUUCAUCACUCUUCCAUCGUCUUCAUAAAAAUGCUCCAAAAUUCUUCUCUGUUUCUCUUUUAAACCAAAUCAGCUCAAUUGCCUAGAAUCAAUUUUCACUAGUCUCGCCUCGUCAGUUCCUAGCUUCCAAAUUAUUUGAUCAAAAUUUUAUCCCUUUAUGUGUUAGUUAUGGCUGAAACGGAGAGAGUUGCGGGUUUUGCCAUGGAAUUUUCUCUCAGUGAUGAAACCGCCGAAAUGUCUUCGUUUUCUUCGCCAAUCAGAGUCCCUGGGAGGAUUCGGAAGAGGCUUUUGAACGAAAAUAAAAGUCCUUGCACUGUUGAAGAAAUUGAAGCCAAGCUUCGACUUGCUGAUCUUCGCAGACAGCAAUUCUAUGAGAAGUUAUCAAGCAAGGCUAGAUCGAAGCUGAGGAGCCCUUCACAGUCCUCAUCUCAUGAGGAGGACCUUGGUCAGCGUCUUGAAGCGAAGCUUCAAGCAGCCCAGCAGAAGAGGUGCAUGUUGAGAUUCUUCUGUACACAAAGGUCAAUCAAAGCAAUUCCUUUCUAAUUAGGGCAACAAUGAUGACUAUAAUUGUUGAUUCUAUAGGAGAAUCACCAUAGCAAAUUGAUUGCAACCUUGUCAACUAGAGAUGUUGUUGUGGCUAAGCAUUUUGGCAAAUGCUCAGAUGCGUCUGGCUAGGCUAGAUGAGUUGCGACAAGCAGCUAAAACGGGGGUAGAAAUGCGCUAUGAGAGGGAACGUGAGAUUCUUGGCUCAAAAGUGGAAUCUAGGGUUCAACAGGCAGAGACCAAUAGAAUGCUUAUCCUCAAGGCUUACAGCCAAAGAAGGGCCAAAUUAAAGGAGCGGUCAUCUCAGUCAUUGCUGCGAAGGAUGGCUCGUGAAAGCAAGUAUAAGGAGCUUGUGUGUGCUGCAAUCCACCAGAAGCGAGCAGCUGCUGAGAAGAAUCGACUGCUAUUGUUGGAAGCUGAGAAGAAGAGGGCACGUGCUCGGUUUUUGAAAGUUAGGCGGGUAGCUAAGAUUGUCUCUCACCAACGUGAGAUUGAAAGGAGGAGAAUUAGUGAUCAGUUGGAAGAUCGAUUGCAAAGGGCAAAGUUGCAAAGAGCAGAAUACUUAAGGCAGAGAGGACGGCUGAGUAAUCCUGUUUCUUUUAGGAUGUGCAAACAGGCCGAUCACCUUUCCAGAAAAUUAGCGAGGUUCUGGAGGCAAUUUCGUAAUCAGAGGAGAACUACCUUGGAGUUGGCAAAAGCUUAUGAUGCCUUUAAGAUAAAUGAGAGUGCUGUCAAGUUGAUGCCGUUUGAACAGUUGGCCAUUCUGAUUGAGUCAACUGGUACCCUUCAAACUGUGAAAGCUCUACUUGACCGGCUUGAGAGCCGCCUUAAAAUCUCCAGGGCUGUUGGUGCUGUUGACAGUCAUACAUUCACUUUAGAUAACAUUGAUCACCUUCUUAAAAGAGUUGUUUCCCCCAAGAGAAGACCUAAUUCUCGAAUUCCUCUAAAAAGCAGAGAGGCAAAGAAAGUAGGUUCCUCUAGGAUGGCAGGCAGAUGUCCAUCUAAAUUGUCAAGGUAUCCAGUGAGAGUAGUUCUUUGUGCUUACAUGAUUUUGGGCCACCCAGAUGCGGUGCUCAGUGGUCAAGGAGAGCGCGAGAUUGCUCUGGCCAAAUCUGCAGAAGAAUUUGUUAGACAGUUUGAGAUGUUGAUAAAGAUUAUACUGGAGGGGCCAAUACAGAGUUUUGAUGAAGAGUCUGACUCUUUGCUGCCAAAACGGUGGACCUUCAGGUCUCAGCUUGCUGCAUUUGAUAAAGCAUGGUGCUCCUAUUUGAAUUGCUUUGUGAUGUGGAAAGUUAAGGAUGCUAAGUCAUUGGAAGAUGAUUUGGUGAGAGCUGCAUGCCAGCUUGAACUCUCUAUGAUUAAAAAAUGCAGGAUGACUCCAGAUGGAGAAAAUGCUGCUCUUACUCAUGAUAUGAAGGCUAUUCAGAAACAGGUUACUGAGGACCAAAAACUUUUAAGGGAAAAAGUACAUCAUCUCGGUGGAGAAGCUGGGAUUGAGCGCAUGGAAUUUGCACUAUCUGAAACAAGAUCCAAGUAUUUUGAAGCAAAGGAAAAUGGAAGCCCAGUUGGGUCUCCCAUCACAAACUUUUUAACCCCCAGUCCAUCUAGUUCCCCUGCUGUUCCUCCAUCUGUUGCUAGUGUUGAUAGCAGAAGUGAUCUGACUGAGGGUGUUGAAAGACCAAGCACUGUUGUUCGCUCCUUAUUUAAGGAGAAUACAUCCCCGCCCAAAGGAAUUGGUUUCUCUGCACCUGGUAACAGCCACAAAGAUGGUCAGUUGGUUUCAUCUGUUGAAAAACAGACGGUCACUGAGAAUGAAUUGAUCGUUAAUGAAUUUGUCCAUAACCACCGUGCUUUUGUUGAUAGCUCCAGCAUCACCGAUGACAAUCAAAACAGUAUCAAGGCCAAGAUAAGAGAGACAAUGGAGAAUGCUUUCUGGGAUGGCAUCAUUGAAUCCUUGAAACUAGACGAGCCUAAAUAUGACCGGGUUAUUCAACUAGUGAAGGAAGUGAGGGAUGAAAUAUGUGAGAUGGCUCCUCAGAGCUGGAAAGAAGAAAUUACUGAAGCUAUUGAUCUGGAAAUUCUUGCUCAGGUUCUGAAUUCGGGUAACCUGGACAUUAAUUAUCUUGGAAGGAUUCUGGAGUUUGCCUUGAGCACUUUGCAGAAACUCUCUUCUCCCACCAAGGAUGAUGAGAUGAAGACCAAUAACCAGAAUUUACUGAAAGAGUUAACUGAGAUAUGUCAGGCCGGUGAUGGAUCAAAUUAUUCACCUGUUAUUGCAAUGAUCGGGGGUUUGCGCUUUGUUCUAGAGCAGAUUCAGGCUCUUAGGCAAGAGAUAAGCAAAGCACGCAUAAGACUCAUGGAGCCUUUGUUGAAUGGGCCAGCUGGUUUUGCCUACCUUAGAAAAGCUUUUGCAAACUGUUAUGGACCCCCCUCUGAUGCCUACAGCUCUUUACCGUUGACUUUACAGUGGCUUUCAUCUGUGUGGACUUGCAAAGAUCGGGAGUGGGAUGAGCACAUGAAUUCUCUUUCAGCUUUGGCAAGGCAUGAAAGUGUGUCUGGAAGGGCUCUGCCUUCUACCACCCUGAGAACUGGUGGAAGCUUUCUGGUCAAAACAGGUGAAAGCCAAAAUACAUCUUCCUCUUGUACUUCAGAUAUUCAGCAACCAGAAUGUAAGGGAGAAAAACUUGAUUUGUCAGUGAGGCUUGGCUUGUUGAAGUUAGUAAGUAGGAUCUCUGGUCUAACACAAGAAUCUUUGCCGGAAACUUUAGUGCUUAACCUCUUGAGGUUGAGAGCUCUUCAGGCUCAGAUUCAGAAGAUUAUUGUAGUUUCCACCAGCAUUCUCGUCUGCCGGCAAACCCUCCUCAGUGAGCAGGCGGUAACCAGCCUUGCAGACAUGGAAAAUAUAGCAUCUAACUGCACUGCAAGAUUAUUGGAGCUCUUAGACCGCAUUGAAGAUGCAGGAAUUGAAGAUAUUGUUGAAGUAAUUGGUGGAGUGUCUAGCGAUGAUGGCAAGGCAGUAGAUUCUGAUAAGCUUCAAGUGAGAAAGGCAGUAAUGACCAGGAUGCUGGCAAAAAGCUUGCAAGCUGGAGAUGCAGUAUUUGAAAAGGUAUCUCGCGCUGUUUAUCUAGCUGCAAGAGGAGUUGUGCUUGGGGGAAGUGGAAGCAAUGGAAGAAAGUUGGUAGAAAUGGCCCUCAGGCAGAUUGGAGCUGUAAGCCUUACUGAAAUGGUGGUGGAAGCUGCUGAAGUUCUGGUGGUGGCAGCCACUGUCUCUGUUCGUGUUCAUGGGCCAUGGUAUGUAAACCUAACAGAUAACAUGUGAUGGGGUUGUGAAUUUGUGAAGAACUUGUGCAUAAUAUUGGUGUGUAAAGCUUUAGUUACAGUGUAUGUAGAGUGCACACAUUAUUUGAUCUGAUUAAAUGGGAAAAUAUCACUUUGUAAUUAAAACAUGAUGUAAAUAGUGUUCAGAAUAAUUGUUAAAACACUCUGUCGUCUCA